CCCUCCGCCUCCUCACCCCGCUGCCUUUAGGUUUGAGAAGAUGGCGAAGGUCUCAGAGCUUUACGAUGUCACUUGGGAAGAAAUGAGAGAUAAAAUGAGAAAAUGGAGAGAAGAAAACUCGCGAAAUAGUGAGCAAAUUGUGGAAGUUGGAGAGGAAUUAAUUAGUGAAUAUGCUUCUAAGCUUGGAGAUGACAUUUGGAUCAUAUAUGAACAAGUUAUGAUUGCCGCCCUCGACUGUGGUCGGGAUGACUUGGCAAUGUUUUGUCUUCAGGAGUUGAGAAGACAAUUCCCUGGCAGUCACAGAGUCAAGCGACUAACUGGCAUGAGAUUUGAAGCCAUGGAAAGAUAUGAUGAUGCUAUACAGCUGUAUGAUCGAAUUUUACAAGAAGAUCCAACAAACACUGCUGCAAGAAAGCGUAAGAUUGCCAUUCGAAAAGCCCAGGGGAAAAAUGUGGAGGCCAUUCGGGAACUGAAUGAGUAUCUGGAACAAUUUGUUGGAGACCAAGAAGCCUGGCAUGAACUUGCGGAACUUUAUAUCAAUGAACAUGACUAUGCUAAAGCAGCCUUUUGUUUAGAGGAGCUUAUGAUGACAAAUCCACACAACCACUUAUACUGUCAGCAAUAUGCUGAAGUUAAAUAUACCCAAGGUGGACUUGAAAACCUCGAACUUUCAAGAAAAUAUUUUGCACAGGCAUUGAAAUUGAACAACAGAAAUAUGAGAGCUUUGUUUGGGCUUUACAUGGCAGCAAGUCAUAUUGCUUCUAAUCCGAAAGCAAGCGCAAAAACGAAAAAGGACAACAUGAAAUAUGCUAGUUGGGCAGCUAGUCAAAUAAACAGAGCUUAUCAGUUUGCAGGUGGGAGUAAGAAGGAAUCUAAGUACUCUCUUAAGGCAGUUGAAGACAUGUUGGAAACACUGCAGAUCACCCAGUCUUAAGGUUUCAUAAACUCUUUCUGAGCUGUGAACUUGAACUUAAUUGGCCUUUGACUUAUUUACUAAAUGCCCAGCUAUUUAUAUACUAAUUUUCUGUUAAGAAGGCAGUUGUAAUAAAUGUGUUUAUAUAAACCUAAAAUGCUUUUUUACCAAUAAGCAGUAAAGUGGGGAAAAUCUGUGGAAGAAAGGUUUAAGAAGCCUCUUACUGUUUGUACGUAAUUCUCUUCAUAUCACACAUAUAUAACUGCUUUUAAACCGCAAUCUGAUGUAGAAUUAACCUUGUUAAAUAAACCAUGAUGAUUUAUUAAACUUG